AUGUUUCAGCCGGAUUUGAACCUCCUUUUCGUGGGACGAGACGUUUUCGGUCGACUGAGUUUAGUGUGUGCCAAAUAUGAUGAUGACGUCAUUAUCUCAGAUAUCGUACAAAACUCCAGCGCGAACUGGACUGAAGUACCGUAUGCUCAAGUGUGUUGUAUCGAUACAGAGAAUCGCUGCGCAGUAUCUACCUCUUAUUUAUCGAUUUAUCCAGAAAAUGUCUUGGAACCAUGGGCUAAAUUGUUCUCAUCAUUCACACUGGACUAUUUGCCUUGCAAAGACGUCCUACUGAAAGUUUCGCGAACGACAUCUAGCCCAACGUUGGAUGUUCAAAAAGAGUUUUUUGAACGAUUAGUGGAGGCAACACGUUCAAUGAUUCCUCCUGAUGCAAAUUCAAUCGCGGUUGCGUUUUCUGGUGGAGUGGACAGUCUGUUGGUUUCAAUCGCGUUACAUGAAGCUUAUCCCUUGGACCAAACUAUCGAUCUCGUAAAUGUGGCUUUCAUUCGAGGGUCCGAGCAUCGCUCCAUCGUUACGGAUCGCCAACGGGCCGUUGCUGCUCUUCUGUUUCUACGGUCUAGAUUUCCUGCUAGGAAAUGGUGUCUAGUUCUUGUCGAUGUUACGCUAGAGGAGUUAGAGGAGAACAGAUCAAAACAUAUCGUAAAAGCUGCUGCUCCGGCACGUUCUGUCUUAGACGAGUCACUGGCCUGUGUGCUGUGGUUUGCUCUCCGGGGAGUUGGCAAGGAUUACGAUAGCGGAGACGAAAUUCGGUCCGAUGCCCAUGUUUAUUUCGUUGGCAGUGGUGCUGAUGAGCUCUUCGCUGGUUAUGCACGUCAUCGAACACGGUUUGAGCGCGAUGACCGUAAAACCCUUAUGUUACCGCUCUCUCAGGAAUGUGAAGCAGAGCUUUGCCGGCUUGGUAGCCGCAAUGGUGGACGAGAUGCUAGAGUGGCUGCAGUGCUGAGGAAAGAGUUGAGAGCACCGUUCCUGCACGACGACUUUGUUGCCUGGGUGAAUUCGGUGCCAAUGCAUUUGAAAUGGGACCUAACACAGCCACGAGGUGUUGGAGAGAAGAUGAUCAUUAGACAGGUCCUUGCUUCAUAUGGAGCUCCACAUGACGCGCCGAAACAAGCUAUGCAAUUUGGAUCGGGUUUCGUUAAAAUGCAGAACAAUAAGACGAUAAAAGGUAGCGACGUUUCACGCAAUCUACUUGGUCCUCACCAUUCCAUUUCUGCUGACGAUCUCCAGCUCUAA